AUCAGUCAGAUGCGUGGCGAACGUUGAAUUUAACGGUCGGUUUGGCAGUGAAAGUGGAAAGUGGAGCCAUCGCUUUUUGCCCCACGAUUCUGGACAGCGAUUUGUUUGGUGCGGAAAAAAGGAAAACAAUCAUGCAAAAAAAUACAAAAUAAAUACACAAAUAGAAAAGGAUUACAAAAGUGAAAUAGGCCAAAAGAAGAAAUAAAUUUAAGUGCUUAGCUAAUAAAUUGAGUGUGUUGAAACAGUCGGAAGAUAAAGUGCUUAAACAGUCGCAAGAAAAAGUGUUCAAACAUUGCCGUCAGUUAAACUUUAAAUAUAAAACCAAGUGCCACCAUUUCACUCGGAGUUGGAGUCGUCAAAUUUGCUGAGCACUUCCGGGGAAUAAAACAGCUGGACACAAGGGCCAUUUAUGAGUGCGCGAAGUGGAGUAGCGAGCAGAUACCAAAUGGAUGCCGUCUAAAAGUCUAAAAUCAAAGAAAAACACAAAUCACAAGUGGAGGAAAAACGUCGGAGACGUGCAACAAUUAACGGGCGGAAAUCGAAAUGUUUAAACAAUCAGCAAAAUGUGCAAAUUCGUGGAGUGCCAAUCGAAAGCCAGCUUGAGUGAAAGUGAAAAACUGCGGCGCGCGCAAAUUAUUAAUUAUACGGCUGCUUAUUAGCGCGAUUCUCGCAAGGCAGCGCAGACAUUUUGUUUAUGGGCCAAUUUGCCAAACGCAAAUAAAACCGAACCGCUGCCAGUCGUGCAUUAAUAAUCUGCAUAUUCUCCGUCCCAUCCAAACACCCCUUCUCCGAUUCCCUCCGAAAAAUCACACAGAACAGACAGUGCGGCGUGUGGCGUUGAAGUGUUUAUUAAAUUGUCUUCGCCGCAAAUGGUAGACAUUUGCCCGACGAGCGGAGUAAUAGUGCUUUCCCCCUCGAAAUGCUGGAGUUGCAACUUUGUGCAGAUUUGUCAGCCGGCGACUUGAGCGAAAUCCACAAAAUGGGACACCAAAGGGCCGCGGAUACGGGAAAACGGCAGAGCCGGAGAAAAUCAGACUGCCGGACUCUCCCAACCAAAUUCCUCCUGCUGCUCCUCGCCGUUUUACUGCUGAGCAUGGAGCUUGUCGAGUGCGCGCUGCGCAAUGUCAAUUUAAUAAUCGAACCACCGGCGGUGAGACGGGGCCAGCACGUGGUGCUGCGGUGCAUGUACGACCUGGACGGGGCUCCACUGUAUUCGGCCAAGUUCUACCGCGGCCAGCUCGAGUUCUACCGCUACACGCCCGGCGAGUUUCCCAACACCAAGGUUUUCCCUUUUCCCGGCAUUCAUGUGGAUGUAAGCAGCUCGAACGCCACCCAGGUGCUGUUGCGCAACGUGGGAUUCGGGCUCUCGGGCAACUUUUCAUGCGAGGUGACCGCCGACGCACCGCUCUUCUCGACCGCCACCGCAGUGGACACCAUGCAAGUUGUGGAGCUCCCUGAGAAGCGUCCGCAGCUUUUUACAGAGCACACGCGCUACGAGCCCGGCGAUGUCCUGCGGGCCAAUUGCAGCACUCCACCGUCGCGUCCGCGCGCAGAACUCACAUUUACCAUCAACAACAUGGUGAUAACCAACGUGGAGACCCAGUACAUACGGACCAUCGAUAAUCUGAUUGCCUCGCGGAUCUCGCUGAAGCUGCAGCUGCAGGGCGUUCACUUCUCCAGCGUGAACCCGGCCAUCUACAAUAGCGUUUACGGCCUGAACUCGGUUUACGGCCACGGCGGACCGGUUUAUGCCCCGAAUCCGAAUCCGGGAGGAUUAUUGCUGCGCUGUUCGGCGCAAAUCGGGGACCUCUACCAGGAGUACAAGGAAAUCGAGCUGGGAACCCCGCAGAAGGAUCCGAUACCGGCACGUGUUACGCUCUCAUCCGACUCGAGCUUGAAGAACUUUUUCAGCUCGUAUUUCUCGACCUCGGCAUCGUCGGCAUCGCGACUCCUGCCCGGCGUCUACAUGGCGCCGCUUAUAAUGGCCGCGCUGGCUGUCUUAUUCCGGCUAAUUGAGGCUGCAUUCGAGACCCGCUCUGCCAGCAGCCAGGAGUCGAUGGCCAGACGACACCCGAUGACACAUUCCAGCAACAGGGAGGAGGAGCAAGAGGAGCAUUGCAGAGCUGGAGCUCCUCUGUCCAGCUGCAGCGCCUUCAAGGCGACCAGACAGCAACUGGCCUGGCCAGAACCAAGGAUAGGAAUCGCGGCCUAGGCGUGUGUUACCAGUUAGUUAAAGCCCUAAGUAAUUCGAGGUACAUUGGGGGAACUCACUAGACCUGAGAAUUUAAUAAGUAUUUAAGUGAUCAACAUUUAACUUGUAUGUAACACGAACAUAGGGCUUGAUAAGACGUUUAUCUCGCAACAUUUGAACACACUAAAGGUCAUUCUAAUAGUAGUUAAAGCCAGUUAAAGUUCUCAGAUACAGAUUUAUUGCCGGUUCAGUUCGACAUUUAUUAUUUAAACAGGUCUAGCGAACACCCCGACUUUGUUAGUUUCAAGGAUCUUCUUUUGAUGACUGCUUUUCACGUUGACCUUUAUUUCACCCCGAUAAUCCACACUCGGAGAUGUGGUGUCUACUAGCGAGCUAAAGAUAAAAACAAAUUAAGUUAAGCAAACAUUUAUAAACUAGCCUAGUCGUAAACAAACAAAACUGGAGGUUGGACAGCAGAACGGAUGAGUUUAAAACCUAUAAAGCAGGACAUACAUAAUUCAAAUAUAAAUGUUUACACAAAAAAGAGAUAACGUAAAAGGAAACUAUGCUAAGAACAUGAAAUUACUGAUUCUACUUUUAAUGUGCAAAAUACCAGAGGAAAUAAAAAGAGCAGAACAACAAACAAA